CACACACACACACACACACACUCACACACACACACGUUGGAUAUGACUGGUCGGCUCAGGCUCGGUGCUGUGGUGGACUUGCAGUGACAGUUGAGAGGAACCGGUUCUUCGUCCAGUCCGAUGUGUGAAGAUGAAGUGACUCCACCAGAAUCCAAACCCAGGCGGCUCCGCAGCUUUUGAUGUUUCCAUCGGAUAAAACACAAAAAUAAAGAUGUCGGUGAAGCUGCGAUUCGACUCCCCCUCAGACGGAGGCUUGGUGCACAGGAGCCGCUCCUUCACCGGGUUCAGCUCUCUGAGCGGACGACGGCGUCCGUCCUCUGCACGAAACUCUCUCCGCUCCAAAGCCGCGUCGGGGGGCAAGUCUCGGAUGCACCCGUCUCCCAGCAGAGCGGGUGGAGGGAUCUGGUCCCUGCAGCCGGAGCAGGUGGACAGGGUCUUUCAGGCGCUACGCAAAGGACUCAAGGAGUAUCUGGAGGGUCACCAGGCGGAGAUGGACUUCCUGUCGUCACAGCAGAGAGAGACCAAGAGGAACUCCAGACUGGCUUUUUUCUAUGAUCUGGAAAAGGAGCUCAGAGCGCUGGAGAGACACAUACGUCGAUUGGAAUUUCAGAUCAGCAAGGACAUGUCAGUGAUGGAGGGAGAGUUAGAAAUCCUCCUGGGAGAGCUGCACAUCAAAAUGAAAGGUCUGAUCGGAUUCGCUCGACUUUGCCCCGGAGACCAGUACGAGGUGGUGGUGCGGUUGGGCCGCCAGCGAUGGAGGAUCAAAGGGAGGAUCGAGUCCGACGACACGCAGUCCUGGGACGAAGAGGAGAUGGUCUUCCUCCCGCACAUACACCACAACUUCGAGAUCAAGGUGACGGAGGCGAAGGGUUUGGGUUGGCUGCUGGUCGGCAUGGUGACGUGUGCGAGCGCAGACUUUUUCGUGGCGAGGCCGCAGCUGAUGCUGGUCGACAUCACGGAGCUGGGAACCAUCAAACUGCAGCUGGAGGUCACGUGGAAUCCGUUCGACAGUGUGGAGAAGAUGAGGCCUCUGUCCGUCAGCAGACAGUCAGUGUCCAGCAGGAAGAGUUCAGUGUACAGCUGGACGGCCCCGAGUACCCCGUCCUUCACCGAGAAGUACUUCAUCUCGAUGGUGCGUGAGCUGCAGCAUCGAGAGGGGUCCCUCCCGUCCCUCGUGUCCAAGAGUCGUCACAACAGAGGAGACGUGUCUCUGCUCAGCUACUUGUCCAACCCCGUCCACAGCCCAAGGAGCCCCUAUACCCCGAGUCUGACUCGGGCUCACAGUUACCCCUCCAGCCCCAGUCAGGGCCCCAGUCUGGGGGGAAGCCAGACCCAGCUCUCCCUCGGGGAGGAGGAGGGAUCCCUGGAGGGCUCCUCAGAGGAGAGGGAGGGGAGCAAGAGGAUGGAUGAGAGGGAGGAAGAGGAAGAUGAGGAGGGAUGGGGAGGAGAGUUAGAGACUUCGUCGACAUCAGCGAAGAGUAAGACGGGAUCUCUGCAGAGGUGCAGCACUCCUGACAUCCUCAGACAGAACCCAGCUGGAGAAGCAGAUGCCGAGACUCACAGUGCAGCUCUGAGGCAAAACACCGUCAGUGAGAAGAAGGACUCCCCAGACUCUCAGUCAUACUCUUCCCCAGCCUCACCCACUCUCCCUGUCCAGCCGCCUGCUGCAGCCCCGACCCCCGCCAUGACGACCGCUCCGACGUCGGGGAGGUCAGGUGGGAGCGGUGCCCUGCGCAGGGCUCAGGCCCUCAGGCUGGGGGUCCUGAUCGCAGAGCUGGAGAAAACGUUACAGAACCAGAGUCUGUCGGAGAAAGGGCUGAGAGCGCUGGACCACCAGAUCCUGCACCUGGCGACCAUACUGAAGAACGACCUCUCCCUGUUGAGAAGCUCAUCCUCAGAGGAGACGCUGGCCGUCGAGGAAGUCCUGGGCAGCUUUGACUUCCUGUCACGUGACUUCAAUGCAGAUGAUGACACUUCCUGUCUGGGCAGCCUGAGACUCAAAGACAGUGGCAUCAGCUCCUUCCAGCAGAGCCUCGGCCUCCUCUCCCAUCACAGCCAGUCAGCUUCCGAGGAAGAGUUGGUUAUUGCCCCACUGACUUCUGGGAAUUGGGGUCUUGACCAAGCUCUGGAGACUCACCUGGAUAUUUGCCUCAUCCUGCUACAGUUGAUAAAAACGACCGACUUCGGCCUGUCGAGGACGGACCUGCUGGAGGAGACGUCUCUUCAGGCCGACGUCCUGGACAGAGUCAGCUGUCUGCUGCUGGAGAGGAACGACAACAUCUCUGCUCGGGACGUCCUCCCUAAGGCCCAGAGAACGAGGGAUGUGUUGUUGUUCUGGGAGGAUUGUGUGAAGGACAGCAGCUCUGUCUUCUGCUGCGACUCCAACAGCUUCAUCAGGGCGCUGAAGAAACGCUACACGCACAAGGUGAAGGCCAAGCAGCCCGGCCAAUCAGAGAAAGUGUUCUCUCAGCUCCUGCAGCAGGUGCAGGCGGCCUGUCGCACGGUGCCCAGCCCUCGGUCGAUCUGCAGCCCGGACAGAGUCACCGUCUUCCAGCUGUCGGUGCAUCUGCAGCGCUGGAGCGUCCAGGAGCUGGGAGAGCACAUCUCCCGCCUCUCCAAAGAAGGAAAAUGA